AUGAAAGAGCAAAUGAAGAAAAUGGCAAAGACAAGUGGCCAGAAAGGCCAGGGCGAAGGAGCCCUCAGUAGAGCGAACGCAGAACAAGAGGAGGCGAGGCAAGACCAGAAGACCAGAGGGGAACCUCUCCACGUAACAUACCCCAUCCACGAUGAAGAUGUGUACAGUGAGACAAGCCCCCAGACUGACGACGAAGACUUCCCCGACGGUUACAUAGAGUGCAUCAUUAGAGGUGAGUUUUCUGAACCUAUUUUGGAGGAGGAUUUACUUUUUAAAGCCUUCGAAAACCUAGAGGAAGCCGAACAAGACCUUUCUCGCCAUAUCCUCGAAGCGAGUUCCCUGCUUGAAAGUUCUUUGGAAUACGUGAAAAAACAGGAAGAAAGCGAGGCCAAGCAAGAGCAGCCUCAACAGACGGUUGGAGCCAACUCAGCACUCGGAUGUUCCACGUACACGACUAACCCGGAGCUUCCUGCUGAAAAAAUAUCGGAAGCGGAUUUAUCAGAUCAUAAGCAGCUUGCGGGGUUUCCUGGAGAGGAGCCGAAGGGUGGUGAACACUGUGGUCCCUUAUCGAUGCUGGAGUGCCCUCAGACUGGUUGCAAGAAAAAGCUGAAGGAUAAAACUGCCCUGAGGAAGCACCUGCUUAUUCACGGUCCCCGACAGCACGCGUGUGCCGAGUGCGGGAAAGCUUUUACGGAGGGCUCGAAACUGAAGCGACACCUUCUGGUGCAUAGUGGAGAGAAGCCGUUUCAGUGCCCCUUCCAAGGGUGUGGGAAGCGCUUCUCGCUGGACUUCAACUUGCGCACCCAUAUCCGCAUCCACACUGGUGAGAAGCCCUUUGUGUGCCCCUUCGACGGCUGCCAGAAGAGCUUUAUUCAGUCAAAUAACCUGAAACUUCACAUCCUCACCCAUGCAAAGGCAGGGAAGAAGUGCUGA